CCGAAAAAGGCAUCAGAGCAAGCAUCAAGCAUCAUGGGCACUCCGGACACCGUCAGCAUGAUUAACCGCAUGUGCACGCCGUUCAACCACCCGGUCCGAGCAGCGUCAAGAGCAGCCGAGCGGCAGACAACUGCUUCGACGGUUAGACUCAGCUAUGGCGGCUCCAUCGUGACCUGGACGUCAGGUGACGACGGCGGCAACGACGGCGACAACGACGACGAAGGUGAAGAUGAACGACUGCCGACGUUCGAAGCGUGCUCGCGUGCCAUCAUGGCUGCUGCCGAGCGAAUGGUGGUGCUAACAGGGCAGCCUCGCAGUCUGGCCGUGGCCAUCGCGUACGACGAGUGUCUGGACAUCGUCACCGCGGCAGUUGAUCACAUGGAUCGGAUCGGAUUGCAAGGCGACCUGUCCGGAAACUUGCUCGAAGUGUAUCAAUCCAUGCACAUCAUCCGUGAGCUGCUGCAACCAAGCCCACCCGUUCGUCGAGCUCUGCGGUUCUGA